AUGUUUCACCAGCACAAAGGUAGACCACACACUUCGUUGAUAACUCGUCAGGAGCUACGGGAGCUCGAAUGGGAGGAUUUAUCACAUCCAUCAUAUUGCCCGGACAUCAUAGCGUCAAGUUUGGCGGACCAGGCGGUCCCACAACUAGGAGGACGCAGUGGUCCUGGCGGUUUUGGUGGUCCUGGCGGUUUUGGUGGUCCCGGCGGUUUUGGCGGCCCUGGCGGUUUUGGUGGUCUGGCGGUUUUGGUGGUCCUGGCGGUCCCUGUUGGUCCGGCGGUUUUGGUAGUCCUGGCGGUUUGGUGGUCCUGGUGGUCUGGUGGUCCCGGCGGCAGCCAACGAGGAUCUGGACGAUUUGGCGGUGUUGGAGCGCGCCCAGGCAGACCGCAAGGUCCUCGCCCUUGCCAACCACGACCACAACCAUCAUCUUCUUCUGUUGCUCCUGAAUCUUCAUCUGCUGCACCUUCAACUGCUGCGCCCACAGAAGCUCCAUAA